AUAAGCUUGUAUGGUAUUUUUGAAAAAAAGUUAGAAUUUCGUUCAAAAAAGAAGACGUGACGUUUGUGCACCAAGGACAGAAGCGUUUUAAGCUCUCUCUCUCUGUCUCUCUCUCUCUCUCUAGAGGAGUAGAAGUAAGAAGAUUUGUACAAACCUCUCUCUCUCUCUCUCUCUAUCUCUCUAAAUAUUUAUCAUUACAAUGAAGAGGCUUGGAGUAAUUAUUGGGAAGAGGAGGCUACUACCACUACAUGGGAGCUUCGAUCACCACCCCAAACAUCAACAACAACAAUAAUCUCCCUCUCACAAACUCAACAACAACAAACCCUCUUAAUCUCCUCUCUCUCAGCAGGGAAGUGCAUGGCCGGAAAGAAGAAUCCGACGGCGACGACGACGAUGAUACCGUCUCCGUAGACUCAAACCGAGUACAAGAGGCUCUAAACAGGAAGAACCCGGAGAAGCUCCAAGAGGAGUCCGGGGCCGUCGCGACGGUUCUCCCCGAGGAAGUGCUCGAGUCGGCCGAGUCGGACAUCUUCUGGGCCCCGGACCCCGAGACGGGCGUCUUCGUGCCUGCGGAGGAGGGGGAGGUCGACGUGAACACCAGGCUCCCCGCCCCGCCCCACCCGUCGGGGAUCACCAACGGGAGCGGAAGCAGUAAAGGGAACGGCAACGGUAACGGCUCGACGGUGCUCGAGGAAACCGUUUGGGUCCGAGAGGUCGAGGUCGAGGAGAUCGUAAGGCCUCCCCCUAUCGAAACCGAAACCGACGACUCAGAUCUCCUGUAGUUGAAGUUUCCUUUUUCUUUUUUCGCUUGUAACCGAAACCGUAACUGAAACCAGAGAAUAACACUAGGUACAAUUAAAUGUGUUGUUGUGAUGCUAGAAUGGAAUCCUCUUUAUCUAUCUUAAUCUUCAAGUAGUGGUACAAAUGGAGCUGUAAUCAAGGGUAACUUUUUGAAUGAAGUGCUUGUUUGUUUCA